AUGUGCAACACCAACUAUCCUGUGGGCAAUGAUGAGGGGGUAUAUGGUUCCCACAGAAUUGUCUCAUUCUAUGGAAAAGAGCUGACCUUGCUCUACACUCUGCUAACAAAGACCUCGAGAAACACUCCUUCAGACGAAGACAAAGAUGGCAACUGGGAUGCUUGGGGAGACUGGAGCGACUGUUCCCGGACCUGUGGGGGCGGAGCUUCCUAUUCUCUGCGGAGGUGUCUGACGGGAAGAAACUGUGAAGGACAGAACAUCAGAUACAAGACGUGCAGCAAUCACGACUGCCCGGCAGAUUCGGAAGACUUCAGAGCCCAGCAGUGCUCAGCCUACAACGACGUGCAGUACCAGGGCCAUUAUUAUGAAUGGAUUCCACUGUACAGUGACCCCGCUGCCCCAUGUGCACUCAAGUGUCAUGCUCGGGGACAGAGUUUGGUAGUGGAACUGGCACCAAAAGUGUUGGAUGGAACUCGUUGCAACGCUGACUCACUGGAUAUGUGCAUAAGUGGCAUCUGCCAGGUCGUGGGCUGUGACAGGCAGCUGGGAAGUACCGCCAAGGAAGACAACUGUGGAGUCUGUGCAGGGGACGGCUCUACCUGCAGGCUGGUGCGGGGCCAGGCCAAGGUGCACCUGGCUCCAGAGAAAAGAGAAGAAAAUGUGAUUGCUGUUCCUUUGGGCAGUCGAAGCGUGAGAAUUACUGUGAAAGGACCUGCCCGUCUCUUUAUUGAGUCAAAAACACUUCAAGGAAACAGAGGAGAACACAGCUUCAACAGUCCCGGGGUUUUUGUUGUAGAAAACACAACGAUUGAGUUUCAGAAGGGUGUUGACAGACAAACCUUCAAGAUUCCUGGGCCCCUGAUGGCUGAUUUCAUCUUCAAGAGAACUGAUAUUCUCACUGAGUCAGUACAGAGGGCUUUGGCCGAGCAAGAGACGCUGAUUGAGUCGGGGAGCUAUCCACAGAGAUUAGUAUUUCAGGACAGUGGUUAUGGUUAUCAGCUCAACUCUGCUGAGUGCAUGGACAUCCGUUUGAAAAGGGUGGUGCCUGACCACUAUUGCCAUUACUACCCAGAAAAUGUGAAGCCCAAACCAAAGCUGAAGGAAUGCAGCAUGGAUCCUUGCCCAUCGAGUGAUGGAUUUAAAGAGAUCAUGCCCUAUGACCAUUUUCAGCCUCUCCCUCGCUGGGAACAUAAUCCUUGGACUGCAUGUUCGGUGUCCUGUGGAGGAGGGAUUCAGAGACGGAGUUUCGUGUGUGUAGAGGAAUCUAUGCACGCAGAGAUACUCCAAGUAGAAGAAUGGAAGUGCAUGUAUGCACCCAAGCCCAAGGUGAUGCAAACUUGCAACCUGUUUGAUUGCCCCAAGUGGGUUGCCAUGGAGUGGUCUCAGUGCACAGUGACUUGUGGCCAAGGGUUGCGCUACCGAGUGGUUCUGUGUAUCAACCAUCGUGGGCAGCAUGUCGGGGGCUGCAACCCACAGAUGAAGCUGCACAUCAAAGAGGAGUGUGUCAUCCCCAUCCCAUGCUAUAAGCCUAAGGAAAAAAGUCCAGUGGAAGCUAAAUUACCUUGGCUGAAACAAGCACAAGAACUAGAAGAGACCAGAACAGCCACAGAAGAACCUAAGUUCAUCCCAGAACCCUGGUCGGCCUGCAGCACCACCUGUGGGCCGGGCAUUCAGAUGCGUGAGGUGAGGUGUCUGGUGCUCCUCACAUUCACACAGACUGAGACUGAGCUCCCCGAAGAAGAGUGCGAAGGCCCCAAGCCGCCCACUGAGCGACCCUGCCUCCUUGAAGCCUGUGACCAGAGUCCUAUGUCUCCAGAGCUGGGUGGCCCUCUCCAGGAGAAGGACAGUGAGAUGACUUACGACUGGGAGUAUGCUGGUUUUACGCCCUGCACUGCGACAUGUUUAGGAGGCCAUCAAGAAGCCAUCGCUGUGUGCUUACAUAUCCAGACUCAGCAGACCGUCAAUGACAGCCUGUGUGAUGUGGUGCACCGUCCUCCAGCAAUGAGUCAGGCCUGUAACACGGAGCCCUGCCCGCCCAGAUGGCACACGGGCUCUUGGGGACCCUGCUCAGCUACCUGCGGCGUUGGAAUCCAGACCCGAGAUGUAUACUGCCUACAUCCUGAGGAAUCUCCAGCCCCUCUGGAGGAAUGCAGAGAUGAAAAGCCUCAUGCCUUACGAGCAUGCAAUCAGUUUGAUUGCCCUCCUAGCUGGCAUAUUGAAGAGUGGCAGCAGUGUUCCAGGACAUGUGGUGGGGGAACCCAGAACCGGAGAGUCACCUGUCGACAGCUGUUAACAGAUGGGAGCUUUCUGAAUUUGUCGGAUGAAUUGUGCCAAGGACCCAAGGCAUCUUCUCAUAAGUCCUGUGCCAGAACAGACUGCCCUCCACAGCUGACUGCUGGAGACUGGUCAAAGUGCUCUGUCACCUGUGGUGUUGGAUUCCAGAGAAGAAAACAGGUGUGUCAAAGGCUGACUGCCAAAGGCCGGCGAGUCCCCCUGGGUGAGACACAGUGCAGGGGCCUUCCGGGACUCCCCCUCGUGAGACCUUGCCAGAUGCCCGUGUGCAGCAAAGUGAAACUUGGGACGAAGACACGGCUUGGAGAGCGGGGCCCCCAGAUUCUCGGUGUCCGGAGAGUCUAUAUUCAGACGAGGGAGGAGAAACGGAUCAACCUGACCGUCGGCAGUAGAGCCUACUUGCUGCUCAAUACAUCUGUGAUCAUCAAAUGCCCAGUAAGACGCUUCCAGAAAUCUCUGAUCCAGUGGGAGAAGGAUGGCCAUUGUCUGCAGAACUCCAAACAGCUUGGCAUCACCAAGUCGGGCUCCCUGAAAAUCCACAGCCUUGCAGCCCCUGACAUCGGUGUGUACAGGUGCAUCGCAGGCUCUGCCCAGGAGACGGUUGUUCUCAAGCUCAUUGGGACCGACAACAGACUCAUUGCACACCCAUCCCUCAGAGAGCACAUGCGGGUGGACCACAGUGAAGCCAACAGUUUGGGAGCCACGUGGCAUAAAAUGCGUCAGAUGUGGAAUAACAAAAAUGAGCUUUACCUGCACGAUGGGGCAAUCAGCAACCAGCCUUUCUUGAGAGCUCUGUUGGGGCCAUGCAGGACGUCUGCAGGAAACACUAACUCCUGGGAGUUCAAGAGCAAGCAGUUCGAGGCAGCCAUGAAACAGGGGGCCUACAGCAUGGACACAGCCCAGUUUGAUGAGCUUAUACGAAACAUGAGCCAGCUUAUGGAGACAGGAGAAGCCAGCGAUGACCUGGCGUCCCAGAUGAUAUAUCAGCUGGUAGCUGAGCUGGCCAAGGCUCAGCCAAUGCCUGUCCAAUGGAGGGCCAUCCACGAGGAGAUUGCUCCUGAGGCUCAGCUCGGAGGGGAGACAGGAAGAGUUCCCCAAAGCCCCACAGUGAAAAACUCAGGCAAGCUGACUUUGAAGCCAAAAGGACCGGUUCUCAUGAGGCAAACCCUACCCCCUGCAGUUUCAUUUAACAAAACAAUAAAUGCAAGGAUUGGGAAUACAGUGUACAUUACAAAAAGCACGGAGUUCAUCAAUAUACUUUGCAGUCUUGUUACUCACAGCCGUGAGGCCACAUAUACAUGGACCAAGGACGGAGCCUUGCUGCAGCCCUCUGGGAAGAUCAUUUUGGAUGAACCUGGGAAGAUACAGAUAAAAAAUCCUACAAAGAAAGAGCAAGGGAUAUAUGAAUGUUCCAUAGCUGAUCGUCUUGGUUCAGAUGUGGAAAGUUCAUUGGUGUUAUAUGCAGAGGCACCUGUCAUCUUGUCUAUUGAAAGAAAUGUCACAAAACCGGAACACAGCCAUCUGUCUGUUGUGGUGGGAGGCACUGUGGAGGCAGCCCUUCAGGCGAAUGUGACAAUCCACUGUCCUGUAAAAGGUGUCCCUCAGCCUAAUGUAACUUGGUUGAAGAGAGGAGGAUCUCUGAGUGACAAUGUUUCCUUGCUUUUCAAUGGAUCCCUGUUGUUGCAGAAUGCUUCCCUCGACAAUGAAGGAACCUACAUUUGCACAGCCACCAAUGCUCUUGGGAAAGCAGUGUCAACCUCUGUGCUCCGCUUGCUGGAACGAAGAGGCCUGGGCAGUAAGACUGUAUUUCCUAAGGCUCAGAAAAAGCGUGUUCUCCAGGCAUCCAGCAUCAGAGCAAACAGCAACAACUCAACAGGAGAGCCCCUGCCUCAAGAGCCUUUUUGGGAACCUGGUAACUGGACACCUUGUUCUGCCACCUGCGGCCCCUUGGGCAUCCGCCUUCAGAGGCCCCAGUGUGUGAUGGCCAGUGGGCAGAAAGUGAGUGAAGCCCUUUGUGGUCCUCACAGGAAGCCACUGGCUGGGUUUCAGUCUUGUAACAUCCGGGACUGCCCAGCAAGGUGGUUUACGAGUGUGUGGUUCGAGUGUUCUGUGUCUUGUGGUGAAGGAUUUCACAGUCGGCAAGUGACAUGCAAACAGACAAAAGCCAAUGGGACUGUACAGGUGGUGUCCCCAAGGGCAUGUGCUCCUAAAGACAGGCCUCUGGGGAGAAAAUCGUGUUCGGUCCGUCCCUGUGUUCAACAGGCCAUCGACCCAGGAAACCAGUGUCCUGGACGCUGCAUGGGCCAUGCCAUGAGGAUGCAGCGGCGCCACACACCUUGUGCCCACAACGGCUCCCACUCUGACUGUGAGGACAGAAGAAGACUUGCCUUUAGGAGGAACUGUACCUCGGGGCCCUGUGAGGCAUGUUGGCGUGUGGGGCCCUGGAAGCCCUGUACAGCGGUCUGCGGCAGGGGUUUCCAGUCUCGCAAGGUCGACUGCAUUCACACGGGGAGCUGCAAACCCGUGCCUGACAGACACUGUGUGCAGAUGAAACCAGCGUCCUGGAGGCACUGUCUUGGGCCUUCCUGUGAUAGAAACUGCACAGAUACAACGCACUACUGUACGUUCGUAAAGCACCUUAACUUGUGCUCUCUGGCCCUCUACAAACAAAGGUGCUGCCAGUCAUGCCUGGAAGGAUGAAGCGUUGGUAGGGUUGUGAUGCUGCCUUGGUGAGAAAAGAAAAGGAGAGGCUCUUUCCCCCGUGUCUCUGGUUCGAAACCACACAUGUCUCCAGGUUUCUAGAUUCUAUGGUCAAGCAGAGGUUGGUGCAGGAACAGAGCCUGCUACAAGUUUGUAAAGUUAGCUUGGCCAGUGGUUGCUUUUUAAUUCCAGUUCCCACAAACGAUGGAUUCUAGGAUUAGCAAAACUGCAUCAGCAGCCAUGCCCUUGCUCAUGUGACCUCAUCACGAGCACAUCAUCACCUGCUGCGAUGUGUCGACCAGUCAAAAGUGGUCCAUACUGGACUCUGCAGCUGAGGGUUUCUCUCAAGUUGCAGAGUUUCAACACUUUU